UGACCAAUGUCAAUUGAUUUUAUAGAAACAUUAUGAAUGCAUAAAAUAAUUGGAGUUGCGGGAAGCAAAAAAAAAUUAUGAAAGUGUGUUACACAAACGCGACGCGCGUAUGACAACGUGCGUUUGUAUAACCGAACGUGACCGAGCCUCAACCAGAGCUUGUCCGCAGGAGACAACCGGUUGGGUUUUGACCGUUGUUUGUGUUUUGGAGCCCGUUCUUGUUGUUGUUCCAAUCGGUGGCUAUCGACGAGCAGUCAUGUCCACUUCCCGAACGAUAAUCUGUUUGUUAAGAAACGAUUUACGAAUCCACGACAACGAGGUGUUCUAUUUUGCUGAAAAACACGCUGACCACGUCGUGCCGUUGUACUGCUUCGAUCCCAGACACUAUGUGGGGACCUCCAAGUACAACCUGCCGAAGACGGGACCUUUUCGCCUGCGCUUCCUGCUGGAGAGCAUCCAAGAUCUCAGGAAGUCGCUGGUGAACAGGGGCAGCAACCUGGUAAUAAGACGGGGCAAGCCGGAAGAAGUCGUCGCCGACCUCAUCCAGCAACUGGGCUCUGUCAGCGCUGUCACUUUCCACCAAGAGGCAACAUCCGAAGAGCUGACUGUGGAGACAGGUGUAAAGGACGUGUGCGCACGCAUGAAGGUCCAAGUGCACACCUGCUGGGGCUCCACACUGUACCACCGAGACGAUUUGCCAUUCCCACACAUUUCCAGGCUUCCGGAUGUUUACACUCAGUUCAGGAAGGAAGUGGAAUCCAAGAGUCAGGUCAGACCUGAGUUGCCAACCCCGGACCGGCUGAAGCCUCUUCCCGGGGGGCUUCGAGAGGGAGACGUUCCCACUGCGGCGGACCUGCAGCAGACAGAGCCUUUGAAUGACCCUCGCUCGGCUUUUCCAUGCGCUGGCGGUGAAAGUCAGGCGCUGCGCAGACUUCAGCAUUAUUUUUGGGACACGGAUGCGGUCGCAAGCUAUAAGGAGACACGAAACGGCUUGGUGGGCGUGGACUAUUCCACCAAAUUUGCGCCCUGGCUGGCCAUGGGCUGCAUUUCACCAAGAUAUAUUUAUCAUCAGAUACGCCAAUACGAGAGGGAGCGAACGGCUAAUCAGAGCACGUACUGGGUUAUUUUUGAGCUCUUGUGGCGUGAUUACUUCAAGUUCGUCGCACUCAAAUAUGGAAAUCGUCUGUUUCAAGUCAAAGGGCUUCAGGACAAAAGCAUUCCUUGGAAGACGGACAUGACGCUUUUCAACGCAUGGAAAGAGGGACGUACGGGUGUGCCCUUCGUGGAUGCCAACAUGAGGGAGUUGGCCGUGACAGGCUUCAUGUCCAACAGAGGGCGCCAAAACGUGGCCAGCUUCCUCACCAAGGACCUGGGCCUUGACUGGAGGAUGGGAGCUGAAUACUUUGAAUACCUUUUGGUUGACCAUGACGUCUGCAGUAACUAUGGCAACUGGCUGUACAGCGCGGGCAUUGGAAAUGACCCCCGGGAGAACAGAAAGUUCAACAUGGUCAAGCAAGGACUCGACUAUGACAGUAAUGGCGACUAUGUGCGGCGAUGGCUUCCCGAGCUGCACAAAAUCCGGGGGGCUGAUGUGCACACGCCGUGGACCCUCAGCAAGGCGGCGCUAUCGCACGCCGACGUCACCCUAGGUGAGACCUACCCCACCCCUGUCGUGGUGGCGCCUGAAUGGAGCCGACACGUUGGAAAGAAACAGAACGGGCCGUACCCAAGAGGCAGAAAAGGCCCAUCCCACACCCCCAAACAGCACGGCGACAGAGGCGUCGAUUUCUAUUUCUCCAGAAGCAAAAACUUGUGAGCUUGGAUCCUUUCCAGCCGUUACAAUGCCAAGUUUGUUCGCCUUCUUCUGGUCAAAGUUAUGGUGCUAUUCAAAUUGGUUUCUUACAUUUAAAAUGGUGUUAUGAUGCAGGGGACUUGCCUUCAUUUGUUGUCUUUUUGUGUUUAAACCACAUAUUUCCGCAACACAUCUGUGAGGUCUGCGAUAACGGGAAAUGUGCUCAGGCGAGAGAAAAGGGGGCGGGAGAUGACUUGAGGAAAUACUCUUGUGAGAAGAAAACAAAACUCUUCUACAGCAACCAAAGCCACACACAGAAAGCGUGCGAAAAUGUUAGUGCUCAAGGGGCCAUGAGA